AUGGAUCAGCGCAAGAGCUCGGUCGGCAUCUCGCUGAAGCAUCUCUACGAUAAUUCCAGCCGCUUUCCACCGUCUAGUUUGGCAAAAACUGGCAGUCAUGAAGAUGCUCUUCGUUCAGCGUAUCUCGAGUUUUUCUCUGCUUCCACGGGCAAUCCUGUCACAUCGUUUCCGACUCCUAGUAGUGCUGCGAUACAAGCAUGGCACAUGAGCCUAACGAAUGCUCUAUCCGAAGAAAUCCAAACGCAAAUCAUUGAUAGCCUCGACCCCAAUUUUCAUAUCGGGCAAGAGAAGCGGAUACGCGUCCUAGGGUUCGUUACCAAAGUGGCGGAGCUUUUACGAGAGAGCCCGCAUGGAUCGAUACAGUUUAUCGCAAAGAAGCUGGCCGAUGACACUGUUUCAAAUGCGUCUGAGAACUCUCGAGUCCCCUACGCCGCGUGUAUUUUCGCGUGUGUCGGGUGGGCAACGUCAAUGUACAAGGCAGACCCUCAGCAAGGCAAACCUCUGGCCAUUGAUACACAAGGUGCGCCUUGCUUCUCAGCGCCAGAUCUGCUUCCGUCGUUUGUUACUAGAUCCGUAGGAGAGAUUCUAGGAAACAUGGGAGAUGACGUGCUUCCGAGGAGCAGCUCAACAUCGACACCUCUUCUAGAGACGAAACCUCCCAGCAAGCUUUAUGUUGCGCGCCUGAAUUUUGCCACGCUAUCUCAGUUAGCCGAUGCCAAGAUUGUUUGGAUUGAUACUGUCAGCGGGCACUUAAACUUUGACAUGGCCAGCCAGACACUUUUUCUCUUUCGCUUUCCGUCGUUCUGCGAGCUUCAUGCUUCGCGGAAUUCUGUCAUGGCAGGUAUCCUCAAUUCCUACUCUUCUGCUCAAUUUACCGUUCAGGGCAUGAUGGGAGAAAUCCUCAUGUCGUACGCUCUUAUAUUCAAGCUAAACACGCGAGCUCAACAACUAUACAAGAAAGAGAAGGCGAAGCCGAGCAACCAAUUGACAGAUCCUCUUCUUGAUAGCCUUUGCCUUGACAACUCGGAAAAUUCGUUGAGAAACCUAUUGCUCGGGCUUUUUAGCCCGAAGAAGGAAUCAUUCGAAGCGGAUGCGGAAUUUCCCAUCUUGUCUCAGCGUUUAUUACGAAUCCAAAACUACAUUGACGGUAUUCCGACAAAUCGAAUAUCCUCUUUGUGGAAGGACAGACGUGACAUGUCAAGAUGGUAUACGUUUUGGGCAGUCAUUUGGUUUGGCGGUGCCAGUAUUUUCUUUUCCAUCAUCCAAACGGCCCUGGCAGCCGAGUCAGUCAAGCUUGCUCGUGAGCAACUGAAAGCUCAGAUAAAUCCUCCACAAUCUUGAACGUAGCUACCGCUUG